CGGCCCCCGGCCCGUGGUUACGCGCGUACGCCGUCGCAUCAUGGCGCCCGGUACCGAAGCGUACAGUGUUUCCAUCAAGGGCAAAUGGGGAUCUUCGGUCAUUUUCGACCGUUUAAUGCGGAUAAAUUUGAGUCUAGAGCUGGGGGUAAUCGCCCAGAGCUGUGCCGAUGGUGUAAAACCGGGUUACACCGUGCAAAAAAUACAAACUGCAAAGGAAGAAUCGGGUCCAUAUAAAGAUGUCGAGGCAGAUGAAACGGCUAACAUUUUGUCUGAUUUUGGAUACCGCUUUUUGUAUGUACCUUUGGAAAGGUUGAUGAUGAGCCAGUACAUAUUCCUUCCGUCAAUGCAUUCUCUAAGAUCAUGUCAACACCGCAGGGCCACCAAGGACGAGCAGUUCUCAAGAGAAAGACUACUAGCAGUGGUGUAGUUGGUGGGACAUCUGGAGUUGACAAGAUUUACAAUAAAGUUCUCACUCUCUUUGAAGAAAGGGGACUGUAUUUCUGCACGGAAAAUGAGGGAACGUACGUAGUACAGACACUGACCAGGGCGCUAUGGUGUAUUACGAAUCCCCAUUCCACAUUGGCAAGAAAGAAGAGCCUUCCAUGUCUAUGGCAUGGAUUUGAAAAUUUCAACGAUCUGAAGAAGAAAAAACACCGUAAACAGUGUCUGUGUAGUAGUGACCUGACCAGGCACGGGGAUGAAUUUUAUGCCCUGCAAGGCCGCCCGUCGAUCUCUGGGAGUAAAUGGAAAGAUGUCCGUUGUGCAGUACGAGAGCUGGGGGAGUGUUUGAUUGAAUAUGCAGAAUAUCUGAGAAUACAGGCUGAAAAACAAAACAAGAGACAAAAAAUGAACCACUGCGUUACUCAGUUGUCAGAUGCAGCUUCAGUAGCAUUUCGUGUGAAAGUUUCGCAUGUAGAUGACCAGUAUCGCCAGAUAGAUGAAGUAGUAGCAGCCCAAAGUUUUGGAGAAAGUGUAUUGUUUGAUGAACAUUUGCACCUACUAAAGCCCUUCACCAAUCGAAUGCAACAAAUGCGGUUCUUUGAAGAUCUUCACCUUUCUGUGGAUGUGGACAUGUUGAAAUACUGUCCUGGAGGCUCCCAUGUUGCUGUUUAUGUGAUUUGUAAAGUACCAGUAGAUAGACCAUACAGCCAAGCACCUACCGAUGCAGCGAAACUGUUGGCGGCAAACCAAAUGUAUUAACCUCAGUACCAUACACAUGCAAUGAAACAACACUUCAGGAAAAGGUACUCUGGUAUUGUGAAACAGCCCCAUGUUCUCAGAUCAUUAUACUCUGAGCUCAGUAUGGAUGCCUCUGUGGACCAAAAUCCAGAGAUGGAUGCAAGGAUGCGCAUGGCCCUGGAGGGAGAAGUUGGAAUUGUUGUGGAUCUUCGCACAGAGAAUAAAGGUCGCCCAGGGAACAAGUUUGAUACAUUCUUUGAACAUCUGGAAACAGAAAUA